AUGUUCCCAACCCGCGCCCUCUUCGGCGCAGCCCGCUUGACGAUGUUUACACGCGCGGGCUGUGGCCUGUGUGAUACCGCCAAAAACACCGUGCUUCAGCUCCAGAAACGGCGGUCCUUUGAGUACGUCGAGGCGGAUAUCAUGGAACCUCGAAACAAACCUUGGAAAGACGUUUACGAGUUUGAUGUUCCUGUUCUCCACGUUCAGUCGGUUCACAAUGGGUUGCCCAAGGAGGCAGAGCUUUCUGACGCCCGCAAAUUGUUUCAUCGAUGGACGGAGCAAGAAGUUGAGCGGGCGGUAGAUGAAGCCGAGAAUACACAAUCCUGA